AUGAGCUUCUUCGGCGCUCCAGCUCCUGCGCCCGCAGCGGGAGGCUUUUCCUUCGGAGCAGCGUCCACUCCUGCCCCUGCUGCCGCUCCUGGAGGCUUCAGCUUUGGUGCCAAAGCGUCGGCACCAGCGGCGCCCGGCACGACCGGCCUGUUCGGCACCGCAGCAGCAGCCCCGGCCCCGGCGACCACCCCAGCCUUCGGCAGCGCAUUCGGCGCAACCCCAGCCCCAGCCCCUUCCGCGUUCGGCGGCGCGUUCGGCACCACUACCCCAGCCCCCGCCCCGUCGGCGUUCGGGAGUGCGUUCGGCGGGACCCCCGCCCCCGCUCCUGCUUCGGCCUUCGGUGGUGCAUUUGGCACCGCCCCCGCGGCUGCUGCUCCCGCUCCCUCUUCGUCGAUCUUUGGGUUCGGCGCGCCGGCAGCGGCGGCGCCGGGGGCUUCAUCGGUGUUUGGAGCGCCUGCGACGGCGGCGGCGGCGGCAGGGGCUCCGCAGGGCAUUACCCCCGAGACGCGGUAUGACCAGCUCCCGGAGGUGGUAAGGAAGCAGAUAGACCAGCUGGCGGAGGAGAUCAAGAGGCAGCGAGGGGUUGCCGACGAAGUGAGCCGAACCAAUCCCACCGACGGGCUAGCGGUGCAGGCUCAGAUUCGAGAGCUGCGAAGAGAUCUGCUAGAUCUCGGGAACGAGCAGGGGACCCAGAAGCUGGCCAUGAAGGACCUAAAGGCCGACGCGGGGAAGACUUCGAGGCAGGCGGAGGAGAUCCACGCGAUGCAGGUGCAGCUUUCGGAAGAACCGCUUCAAGGAGGGGAGGCGACAGCACCGUACGGGCAGCGAGCACGGGUCACGCCCGGACGCUUGGCAUUCGUUAUCCGAGAACAGAUGAAGACGUUCAACCAGCGCUGCCGCAUCCGGUGCGCGUAA